AUGGCGGCGGGCGUGAAACCCCUGCUGCAGCGCUGCCCCUCUCCCGUCCUGGCGCUUGGUUGUGAAAUAGGAAUAACUCAUAAGGGUCGCCCGUUUUCUCUACAGCGAUUCCUCGCACCAUCACUGAACCAUUUGUUUGGCCUUUUCAUCACAACUUCUACCCACUAUCAUUACCAGCUAUUAUACUCCGUACUCGACACUCUAUUCACCCAUCCAUCGAGUCAUCUGUGGAGCAACCUCAUUGAAUCUUGCCAGCCAGUUGUCGCCUCACUUUGCACAUUCACCUUCAAGAAACGGGUUGGAGGCGUCAUGCUCAGGGACUCCUCGGCCACCUACAUAUACUCUUCGACUGCUCUCCAAACUAUGUCUCCCUCUCUACGACCCAAGUCUCCUCCUCCCUCCCGCAACAGAGCCCGCAUGUCUCCCAAACCCAACCACUCCAUCCAGUUAGCAAACCUCCCACGUUUCCACCCAGCCGUCUAUCAAUCCACAUCGAACACCCUUGCCAACCAACCACCCUCCCCGCUCCAACAGCGGCCCGCACAGUCAUACAGAAUACCAUCAGGUUCCAGGGAUGCCCUGCGCCAAUACCGUGACCUCGUCGCAGGUGUGACACUCACACCACGCGGCUCCUCGACAACGAGCAGCAGCAUGAAGCCUUCAAAGCCGCGACUUGAUCCGCUGGGUAGCCCCGGCCCCGUGACGCCCUUGGCGCUAGAGGAAAAUGAGGGUGGAUAUUUCGUCGCUGGGGCUUCCAGGUCGCCGCCGCCAGACUCCAAUACGAGCAAUCAUAAUAAUAGCCCUGUGUCGCCACGGGAACUGGUCGAGAAGCUCAUCCAGCGGGAGGCUGAGAAGUUAGGGUCUCAAGGCUUGUCGAGGAAGGAGAACCAGAGUCGAUGA